AUGGAGCCAAGAGCCCCGGAUGGAAUCCAGGCUGGCCAGGGUGUUAGCAGGCAACUCCUACCUUGGCUGAUGACUCAGGACUUUUUAGAGACGGAGAGUUGAAAAAGAGAGUUGCAUCAUUGCCGCCAAAAAGGUGACCAAGGGCAGGGUGAUGUGCGGCGACAAGAUGGCAGACAAAGGGAAAAAGAAGAAAGAAAGCAUCUUGGAUCUGCCCAAGUACAUUGAUAAGACCAUCCGAGUGAAGUUCCAGGGUGGCCGAGAAGCCAGUGGCAUCCUGAAAGGGUUUGACUCACUGCUCAACUUGGUGCUGGAUGGAACCGUUGAGUACAGGCGAGACCCUGAUGACCAGCACAAGCUGACGGAGGACGCUUGGCAGCUGGGGCUCAUAGUGCGUCCUGGCACCUCGGUGGUGCUCACCUGCCCUCAGGAUGGCAUGGAGGCCCUCCCUAACCCCUUUGUGCAGCAGCAGGACACUUAGCAGCAGUGGAGGGCGGCCUGGCCUCAGUAGCCUUCCUUCUAUAGGGUGAACUUCUUUUUGAUGUUUUGGUGUUUGUUUGUUUGUUUUGUUUUUUAAUAAAAUUGCCCACGUGAGCAUCCCUCUCCUUUACCCCCCCACUCCCCCCAAAAAAGGUGACCAAGAAGAAUUUGCAUUAGAGGGGCUAGAGGGAUGGUUCAGUGGUUAGGAACACUUCCUGUU